AUGAAGUGUACAUGCUCAGCUGUCGUGGCUGCAGCCCUUUUGGUCGGGUCUGUCUCCGCGCAGACAUUCCGCCGUCUGGGAGCUUGCCCAACGCUCGGUUGCGUGUUCCCUCCUGACCAGGCCGACUUUCUUGCGGGCCAGUACUUCGACAUCCGUCUAGAAGUUCACCAGCCAAGGAACGGAUCCGAGUUCAUCGGUCUACCUCUGGAUGAGCAGUUUACCUUCACUCUUGGAAAGAAGGGCGAGGAAGCGAAGCUAGUAACAGAGUUUUUCAACCUCGAAGAACCCAAAUUGGAGAAGUGGAACUUCACAUGGUACGAAGACCUCUUCGCACGCGACGCUCUGAGGCCCUCCCUCGUCAACGUUGCGGCUAAAGCCUACCGCCGCAUCGCUCUUUACGAACCUGGCGAGUACACUGCUACCCUCAACUAUAACAAUGGAAGCAAGACGGAAGCUACUUGGCUCGUUCGCGACCUGGCUGAGGAGCGCAAGGCCAAGAACAUCAUUCUCUUCAUCGGUGACGGGAUGACCACAAACAUGAUCACAGCUGCUCGUUUGAUAGGCCAUAAGCAGGUCAACGGCAAAUACCAAUCUCUCAUGGCCAUGGACAAAUUCCCUGUCGUUGGCCACCAGAUGACCCACUCGAUCGAUAGCUUCAUCACCGACUCCGCUAACUCUGCUGCUGCGCUCAACACUGGUCACAAGUCAACAGUCAACUGUUUGAACGUUUAUGCGGACAGUAGCAAGGAUCCUUUUGACGACCCGAAAGUCGAGAGCAUUGCUGAGAUCUUUCAUCGUCUUACCGGAGGUCACGUAGGAAUAGUAUCGACAGCAUACAUUGCGGAUGCUACCCCCGCUGCCUUGGUAUCACACACCCGUCUCCGUAGCCAGUAUGGAGCUAUCGUUGAUACCUACCUCAAUGGUGUCCAGAACUACACUUGGACAAACGUUCCUCUCGAUGUCAUUUUCGGUGGUGGCGCCGAGCAGUUCUACCCGUCUGAACUUGGAGGUGUCACGUAUCAGGACAAGAACUACUAUGAUGAGUUUGCCGCGCAGGACUAUCAGAUCAUUCAGAACCGCACUGCUCUGCUCUCUGCCAGCAACGAGGAAAAGGCUCUCGGUAUCUUCACCACCUCCAAUAUGGCCAAGUGGCUCGACCGCAAUGUCUACCGUGACAACCUCAACCAAUCGCUUUCCCCUACUGGAGAUGAGACACCCGCUCUUGAUCAGCCGGGUCUCAAAGAGAUGACCCUCAAGGCCAUUGACAUCCUCGAAACUCGCUCAGGCGACAAAGGAUGGUUCCUUAUGUCAGAAGCCGCCAGCAUUGACAAGAUGAUGCACGCUCUCGACUAUGAUCGCGCACUCGGUGAACUUCUCGAACUCGACGACACGGUGAAGGCCACUAUUGACCACCUCAACUCCACCAACUGCCUCAAAGAGACUCUGAUCCUUGUCACUGCCGACCACGGCCAUGGCUUCGAUGUCAUGGGCUCCGUUGACACCCACUAUCUAGCUGCUCAAAACGUCGAUCGCAAGAAACGGAAUGCAAUUGGGACGUACGAGCAAUCUGGCGAAUCCCAAUACAUCAACACCGGCAAUCUGACGUACACAGAUUCUAACUUCCCGUCGAAUUGGGAUCCACGCUACACGCUCUUCCAAGGCCUGAUGGCAGAUCCCGAUCGCCGGGAGAAUUGGUCUGUCCGCAAAAAUGGUCCCCGCGAGCCCGCCGUCGAAAUCGAAGAAGAUAGCAACGACAACUACGCUAACCCCGAGGAUGGCGAGGGCGGUAUCUUGCUCAAUGGUACGCUGCCUGUCGAGAACGACCAAGGUGUGCAUUCGUUGACGGAUGUGCCUGUCUAUGCCAUGGGCCCAUGCCAGGAGCUCUUCCAGGGGACAUACAACAGCAUUGAUAUCUUCUACAACAUGGCGACUUGCUUUGGCCUAGGAAGAGGCAAGCCUAGUACUGAAGAGUAG